AUGAGAUCCACGGCUUUUUAUUAUUUCGCGUGGCGUUUGGCAGUCGAGGCAAGAAAACAAAGACGAGAAUUAAGUGGUGUUACACAACGCGUUUUUCUUCGACGAACUGAAGACCCUAUGGAUAUUUCUGAAUUGGAGUUUAAAAAAAGAUAUAGAUUGAGUAAAAAUGCAUUUAUAUACCUUUGUCAUGAACUUCGCUCUAAAACAAACUUGAGAGAUAGUAAAAGAAUAAGUUUAGAGCUUAAGGUUCUUUGUGCUUUAUCAUUUUACGCAACGGGCUCAUAUCAACGUUUAGUUGGUAUGGGUAAACAUUUAGGCCAAACAAGUGUUAGCAAAUGUGUUUCUCAAGUUACGGAGGCACUUAACAGCCAAAUAAUAUGCAACAAUUUUAUCAAGUUCCCCACUUCAAGGGCUGAGAGAGACGUCAUUAAGCAAAAAUUUUUGACUACAUAUAAGAUACCGGGUGUCAUUGGCUGCAUAGAUGGAUCACAUUUCCGCAUAUUUACACCACAAAAAGAAAUUGAACACUUAUUUUAUUGCAGAAAGCAUUUUCAUUCCCUUAAUGUACAAGUUGUUUGUGACAGUGAAUGCCGUAUUUUAAAUGUGAAUGCAAAAUAUGGAGGUGCCACCCAUGAUGCUUUUAUUUGGGAUAAUAGCCUAGUAAACCAGUAUAUGCAAGAAUUACAUCUUAACAAUGAACAAGUAUGGCUACUUGGUGAUUCUGGAUAUCCACAAAGGCCAUGGCUCUUCAGAGCACUGUACAUGCCCCCUUACCAUCAGGAUGUCCUAAACCGACAGCAAAUAGUUAUGCAGAUAUAA